AUGCUAUUUCUGAAUACGCCUGACGUGGAAGGUCUUCCUCUAUUUCUGGAAGAAGACCUUCGGACGUCGGCAGUUGCACCGUUUGCCGCCUCGUUCAUUCUCUAUUCUCCCACUCUUUUUCUCCCUUUUCCCUCCACCACCCGCUUGCAGAAGCAGCUCGUGUACCGCAAGGCCUUGCAGGCGCUCGUCUAUCCCAUCUCGACGAACACGCCGCACAACUUCCAGGUCUUCAACGCCACCAGCCCCACCUACUGCUACGAGUGCGAGGGUCUGCUCUGGGGCGUCGCGCGUCAGGGCCUGCGCUGCACCGAGUGCGGCGUCCGCUGCCACGAGAAGUGCAAACGCCUCCUCAACGCCGACUGCCUUCAGCGUAUCCACACUCGUCUGUCAUCUAAGACCUCUCUGCUCUCGGACACGCCUCAGCUCAUGGCCACCAACUUCGUCGGAUCGUCUUCCCGGUACCGAGGCUUUCGACUGUCGCCAGGCAACAGAAAACGCAUAACUGCAACCGGUCCCUCCAAGUCUUAA